AUGCAGGAGUGUUACCCACUGAGGCCGAUACUAUUUGAUCCGCUAAAGUUCGUAAUGGGGAAGAACAAUAAACUUGGGAGCGGCUCCCCCCAAAAAAAUGCGUUCGCAGGACACAGAGGAAUCACGGGCGAUAAGGAAAAAAGUACAUUUUCGGUUUUUACUUUUUCCGGCGCGAUUCUUUGCGCGUUGGCCCUCUCUUUGUUCUACACAUUGAUACAGAAUGUACAUUGCCCUGGGUGGCCAAGGGACAAUUAUCACGGAAUCCACGAUGUGCGGAAUGGUAGGCGGUGGAGAAAUUUGUCUGCAUGCAUUCCAUCUCAUGUGAAGGCAUUCAGGAAACUCCAUUUAACGGAGGACGGACAAAUGGUCUUUCAUCCAAGGGAAUGUAGUGGUAGAGAUACAGAUGUGUCACCAGAAAUUCAAAAAAUAUAUAAAGAUGUGGAAAGAAGUUUUUCAGGGAAAUACACAAAUGUGUUGACUGAAAGGGAAAAAAAAAGAGGGAUCAAAAAUGUUAUGCUUUUUAGAGACCACAACUCGCAAGAUAUGACUGAUGAAGAGUUGAGCGAAAAGAUUAAUAAAUUAAAAGGACCUGUAGAUACUAUGACCAUGCUUUGUGUAUUGAAUUAUGUGCAUAACCAUGAGAAAGAAAAAUAUAUUCGCAUGAUGGAAGACAUGCAAGAAGCAUGUGGGGUGUUGGCGGACUCUUACAAUGUCCCCUGGGAGUACGAAGCGGAGAAAUUUAAGUACGUCCACGAUAAAAUGAUGAAAAUGUUAAUGAAAAGGGAAAAAUUUGAAAUGAAAAAUAUCAAGGCGUUCGCUACUGAUGAGCCUAUAUGUGCUAGGUGGGAGUUUCAGAGGUACCUAGAACUUAAGCGCAGGUCAUGGGCCGAUUUUACUCGGCGUAUGAAAAGACAGGGGACGAACAGAUUGCAGCACUCGUUUAGGAGAACUAAACACAUGGACAUCUGUUGGAUGUAA